AAUAUUUCUGCCGCAUAUAGUUUUUAAAUUUCCAAAGCCAAAAAAGAAAGGUUAAAUAAAAUAUCAACAAUGGUAGAUCCGUAUGAUGCAGCAGCAAAUAUUGGCAUUAAAACAACAAAUAGUCAAUAUCAAAAUUUAAUUAAUAUACUUAGUGAUCGUCAAGACAUAGCUCAUGGAAUUACACGAAGAAAUAAAGAUGAAUUAGGGACAUUUUGGGUAUACGUUGCCACAGAAUUGAAUCAGCUUGGACCACCAACAAAGGAUCCUAUAGCUUGGAGAAAAGUAUGGUCUGAUUACAAAAGUUAUGUAAAAAAAAAACUUGUACAAAAUAAAAAAGAAAUUGAAGUUACGGAUGGUAAACCACGAAAACUUCAUUUUCUUAAUAGUAUGGAACAAAAAGUAGUAAAGAUUUCAGGUUUGGAAAAGUAUAUAAAACUUGUUGACGGGAAUGUUCUUAUAUCAUUUGAAGAAGGAAGAUUAGGUCCUGCUACUACUACUCUUGAACCACCGCCAGAUAUAAGUUUAGACAUUCCAUCGCCUGCGCCAAUAAAAUAUAAACAUGGAUGUAAAAAUGGUAAACAAAAAACUAAGGAAGAAACUAUCGAAUUUGAUAAAGAAGAUUCAAUUGAACGAUAUCUAAAAGAAGUAUCUCAAACGAGUUCUGAAGAAGAAGACGAAGAAGAUUAUAAAGACAAGGACCCGGUGACUUCUUUAAUAAUUAUAAAAUCCGAUAUUUUGCGCCAGAACGAGAAUCUUGAGGAAAUAAUAACAAACAUGAAGAAGUACACUUAUAAAAUGAAAAGAUUUCAUAUCGCUUUAAGAAAGCUAUACAAAGGUCUAUUUCAUGUUUAUAUUGCUGAAAAAUGUAUUUUACGUGAAAGGAUUCGUCACAACAGAGAAGUCGAAAGAAUUAUGAAAAGGAAAUUGAGAAUUAACGAACAAAUUUUAGAAAUAAAAAAAUCACGGAAGCAUUAACAUUUCAAUAAAUUACAAGAAAAAUUUAUUCAUAACAUUUUAAUUUUUUCAAAGAAUAGAUAAGCAGUAUUCUCAAAUUAGAAUACUGCUUUGUAUUUUUAAAAUUUUCUCUUAACUACUGCAAAAAUUGUAUGACGUUAAAUUUGA